AUGGAUGCUCAAAUUCGUCGUCUAGUUGUCGCUGGCACUGAACAAAAUGACGUUCAAAUUUUAUCCGAUGCAUGUCAAAAACUUCGACAAAAUUUUCAAGUUAAUCUUGUUCAAGGUAAAGAUACAAUUGGACAAGAUAUUUAUGUAUUACUUGCCGAAAGUGCACUUGAUUUAAAUGCAAAUUCAAUAGCUGAUGAAUGUCUUCAAAUGUUUUUUUCAUCAAGUCCUGUAAAAAGUCAAUUUGUUGGACGAGCUUAUCUUUGUCAAUUUCGAAUAUAUAUGCCGAAAACAGCUCAAGAUUUUGCAUCGUUAAAUAAUGCAAUACCAUUCUUACAAAAAUGUCUUACAUUUGCUUCUGCAUCACCGAGAUAUCAAUUUCUUGUUUAUAAUGCAUCAGUUAUUUAUUAUAAUUAUGUUCGACCAUUCUUUCGUGAUGGUUAUCGAAAAUAUCUAUGUGAUAGUUUUCAACAAGUUAUUGAUACAUUAAAAAAUAUUAAUGAUGAACAAGAUUUUUCAUGGCAAGCACAACUUCUUUUUGAUUUAGUUCGAUGUUAUAUGGAUGCAGAUAAUACAGAUAAAGCUCGAGAAAUUAGUACUGAACUUUUACAAUUAUGUCAAAAACAACAACUUGCACUUCUUCCAAAUGUUCUACAAUUUUUAACUGUGAAUAAUAUUAUUGAAAAAACUACUCUAUUAUCUUAUGCACCAAAAACUGACCCAUCUUCUCUAUUCAAACGAUUACUGAUUGAUUUAGCAUCAAUUCAUCGAGAAAUUCUUGAAAAUAAUAUAACAAAUGAAAUUAAUGAAAAACUAAAAAAAGUAUAUGAUAAAAUUAUUGCAUUGCCAUUACGUAGUGCAGCAGUUAAUAAAGUAAAUAAAGAUUCAACUCCACGUGAUAAUAUGACUGCUCGACCUGAAAAAACAUUAACUUCAUAUGAAAAGCAUCGUUUAUUAAAUGAAACUGGUCGUCUUUCACUUUUACUUCGUUAUACUGAUCUAACAAAAGUUAUUCUUGAAGCUCUUGGAAAUAUUCGAUUAAAAGAACCAGAAUAUCUUCUAGAAGUACGAUUAUUGCAAGCAGAAUAUAUGGUUAAAAGUUUAGGAGAAAAUGAAGAAUUAUAUAACAAAAGUUCAGUAGAAAUUCGUAUUCGAGCUAUUGAAUUAACUGAAGAAACUAUUGAAUCUUUACAACGUACAGGUCAAUCUGAUUUAGUUCAAACAGGUUGUAUUAUUUUAUGGAAUUUAUGUUUACCAUUAUUACAAACAAAUUUACGGAAUAAAAUUCGAAGACCGUUAACAACACUUGUUAAUAUUCUUGAACGUAUACAAAGUCUUAAUUGGUUAUUACGAAGUCAAGUUCAUUUUGAAUUAGCAAAAAUUGAAGAAGAUAUUGAACAACUCGAUUCAGCAAAAACAAAUUUACUUAAAGCUAAACAAUUAGAUGAUACAUCAAUUUAUUCUGAUCGUAUUAAUUUAGCAUUAGAAAGACUUAAUUUACGUGGUGAAUUAUAUAAAGUACCUGACAAUGUUGAUGAUCGUGUUGGAAUUAUAAUUGAACAAGCUGGAAAAACAAUAAGUGGAAAUAAAAAUAAACAACGUGCUUUACUCAUUGAUGCUUGUUUAUUAUUAGCACCAGAUGCAUUUCAAGUUGUUCUUGAUUCAGAAAAUCCCAAUGCUAUUGGAAAAAUGCGUGCAAAUCCAACUGCACAAUUAAAAGGUUUUGCCGAUCAUUAUGAAAAAUGUAUACAAAAUAUUAGUCAUUAUGAACGUAUUAUGACUGAAACUGAUCAAGAUAAACGAUUGAAAUUAUGGGCGGAUUUAACAAUGAUGGCGCGUAGACAAGAAAUAUGGGAUGUAUGUCGAACAGCAGCACGUUUUUGUUUAUUAUAUGAUAAUGAACAACGUCGUUCAUUAUUAAAUAUAACUGAUGAAUCACCAUUACCAAAUGUAUUUCAACGUGAUCUGAUUCGAAUUUUAGCUGAAAUACAUUUUAUUGCCGGAGAAGCUGAAAUAGAAUUUAUACGAGAACGUCGUAUUGAAUUAUUUGAUACACCUGUUCGACCACCAAUGCCAACAAUACCAGCAGCACAACGAGCACAAGCACAACAAGAAUCAGAUAAUGAUUGGAAAUAUUAUUGUCAAUGGCUUCAAUUAUUAUCUGUUCGUGCUUGUGCUCAUUUUUCAUCUGGAGCUAGUUUAGGUCAAUUACUUAAUGAAUCAUGGCUUAUUUGUCGUGCUGGUGAAUAUCUAUGGAAUUAUACACGUCAUUUAUUCUAUAGUAAUCGUUUUCGUUUUGUUCUUGAUCCAUUAUCGACAAUUGUAAAUGGAUUGAGAAAAGUUGGUUAUGAACGUGAAAUUCUUCUAUUAGUUAAUUUGUGUGUAUCUCUUGCUAAUGCAUAUAUUACUCCAUUGUCAUUACCAACUGAAGAUACUAAAUCAUCAUCAAAUGCAGACACACCUUCUAUUCCUCAACAAAGUACAUCAGGAGGAAAAAAAGGAACAAAAGCAGAUCAACAACUUGCUGCAUCAGUUAAUACACCUAUUCCAAUAUCAUCAACAAUUGUUAAGAAUGAAGAUUUUAAAACAGCUCUUGAUAUAUGUGAAUAUGCCAUAACUCAAACCAAUGAAGAAGUUGCUAAACCACUUUCAGUUUCAAUUCGUGAUCGUCAAACACUUCUACAGCUAUGGGUUACUAUUAAACAAUUACUUCAACAAUCAAUUAAAACAUCUGUAUCGACUAUUCUCGGAGAUGAAGAAGAAAAUACAUCAAGUUUAAAUACAUUAUCACGAGCUGUAAUUGCUGUUGAUGCACUUUCACGACUUGAUAGUGGUUGGAAUGAUAGUAGAGAAGGAAUGAAUCUUAAACAGACAACUACUUUUGUUGAUCAAUGUGCAUGGAGUGAUCCAUUAAUUGAAUUACAAUUAUGGUCUCGUUUGGGUAUAAUUGCUAAUCGUGCAAAUGAUGCUGAAACAGCUCUCUAUUGUCGAGAUAAAACUCUUGAAUUAAUAACCAUUUUUCAAACACGAAAAGUUGAGAAAUUUCAAUUAUCAUUAGCAAAUGAAUAUGUUAGUCGUGCAUGUGGUGCAUAUGCUGAAUGUUUACUUAAACAACAAACUGGACAAAAACAAGAACGAAAAGAAGUCUUAGCUAUUAUUGUAGAAGCAGCUAGCUACUCAUCAAAAGCUGAUCUAUAUGAAUUAACAAUGCAUUUAGCACGUCAUUUUUGGAAUACAUGCCGAUUAUCAAUAAAACGCAAAUUAGAACGAUCACUUUUAUUAGAUCCAUUAAAUGAACUUAUUCAUCAUAUUAAUACAGUUGCACCAAAAUCAAUUGUUUCAACUCAAAAUGAAAAAACAACGAAAGAUGAAUUUUCAAAUCCUGCUCAUAAAUUUCGACCAAAAAAACAACCAUUGACAAGUCGAAAAGAUAAAAAAGCUAAUGCACUUGAAGAUACAUCACAACUAAAUUUAUCCUUAGCUCCACAAGAAGAAGCACAAAUUCGUUCAGCAUUAUACGGUGUUGUCGUACAAAUUUAUAUGGAUAGACAUGCAUGGCAUUCAGCAUUAGAUGUUAUUGAUAGUGCAUUACAAGUUUUACCACGAACACAACAUCGUUUACUUUUAUAUAAAUAUCGAGUUUUAAUUAAAUCAAAAUUAGGUUUAUCGAUAAGUACCGACAUGCUUAAAUUCCGUGAAUUAGGUGAAUUAGGUUUAGCUAAAAUGUGGAGACAAGUUGCAAAUAUGGCAAGAAAAAGAGAUCAUGUUAUUAAUGCUUAUCAACAUGCGAUUGCAACAUUACAAAGUAUGGAUAAUUAUUGGGCAAAAAUUGAUUAUAUAUUAGAAUUAGCAACUUGGUUAUAUAGUAAUGAAUAUUUUAUGGAUAAUGUUGUUGAUUUAAUUAAUUGGACUAUUGAUUUAUUAUUAACUUCACCUGAAGUUUAUCAACAACAAGAAUUAAAUAAUGUUGAUGGACAAGAUACUGAUAUUCAAAAUAGUCAAGAACAAAAUGAAUAUGAUUCCGAUCAGCCACAUAUUGGAUCGGUUAAACCUAAAGCUCCUAAUCGUGCACAACCUGAUUUAUCAAUUGGUGAUAUAGUUCAAGUUCGUCGUCUUGAAUAUUUAUGUCGAUGUCAUAUAUUACUUGCUUAUAUGACUCGUCGAAAUCAACCUGAAUAUCCAGAAUUAUUACAGCAAACUUAUUGGCUUCUUAUGAGAUUAUGGCAGUGUGGUUUAUCCGAUAGUAAUGAAAUUACUAAAGAUGUUGAAAUUGAAGCUGCGGCAGCGGCUGCUGCUGCAGCAUUGGCUGGUGGAACUGAUACAGGAAAAAAACAACAAAAAGGAGAACCAGAUUCCGCAUCGAAAAAGAAACCACAACCGGUUACAGCUGGGAAAAGUGUCGAUAAACCAGCAACAACAAAUAUCAAGCCUAAUACAUCUGAUACAUCAGCAACAAGAAGUUUAUCUGAAUGGGCAGUUUUUAUACCAACUGAUGAAGUAUUACAAGCAUAUACGUUACCACAAUCAAACCAACGUGGUUUUAAUAAAAGUACAAUAUCAAAACCGCUACUAUCAUUUUAUUAUUUGGAUAUGUUUGUUCGUCUUUUACGUGAAUAUGGUUAUAAUCAUAUGAGUUUACCUGUACUUAGUUUUAUGAGACUUAUUGGUCAAACACUUGUACAAAGUUCAUCAAUUCGUACAUAUGUUUUACUUUGUAUACAACAAGUAUGUCAAGAACUUAAUCUUCUUGAAUCUAUGCAAACUGUAUGUCAAUUAGCACGUCCAUUUACUAUUCGAGACGAUGAUUUAGCUGUAUCUCGAGCAGAAAUGAUUAGUUAUACAAAUUUACUUGUUCAACAACGUGAAGAUGAAGCUCAGCUUAAAGCGACAGUAGGUAGUAGUGGUAGUGUAUUUAAAAGUGAAACUCGAUCUUAUGGAACAUCAGCUUAUUCAUCUUCAACAUCGAGAAUGAAAGCAAGUGAUUUAAAAUCGAAAAUAGCUGAUUUACCAGGUGAUCGACAAGUAUUAAAUAAAUUAAUAACAAGAAAUAUUUGGUUACAAACAGCAAAUAUAUUAUUUGAAUUAAAUUAUAUACAAGAAGCAAAAGAAAUGUUACAAGAAAUUCUCACUCAAGCUAAAACUUACGAUGAUCAAACAUGUGAAAAACGUGCUUAUAUACUGUUGGGUGAAAUUGCAUUACAUGAACAUCGUUUUGAUCAAGCUAUUGAUUUAGCUAUGCAAGGACAACAAGUACCAAUUGAUGAAUAUGAAUGGUAUCGAUCAGUUAAUACUGUUAUUGAAACAUUAAGACAAGAUACAAAUCAAGAUUCAUAUAAACAGAAAAAGGUUCGAUCGUUACUUGAUACAGCUGUUAAACGACUUGAAUCAAUUGUACAAUUACAUAUUAAUAAAAUUACAUCAAUUGCUUAUACUGCUUCGCUUUUGACAUCAAAACGAAUUGAAGUUGAAAUGAAUGAAAUAUUAAAUGAUUCAACAAUAAAUACAAGUGAAAAUAAAUCAGUAUUCUAUCGUUUAUAUGAUAUUUUACAACAAUAUGAUAUGUCAUUUACUAAUAUGCUUAAUCUUGAUCGAUAUAAUGAUGCUUGUGAAAUAGUUCUUACACGAUCAGUACCAAUUUGGAGACGUUUUGCUCGUGAUACAACAAAUGAAAAUGAACAAAAAAAAUAUUUAUGUCGAGCACUUAAUAUACUUGAACAUUUAACAGAAAUACUUGCUCAACGAUGGUAUUUAAUUCGAACAGUAACACCACAUAAUGAUCUAAUAUCAAUACAAUUACCAAUUCAACGACAAUUUGUUCGUGUACAACUUGAAAUUAUUACAAUAUUACUUGAUCUAUUAAAAAUAUAUGCAAAUGAAAUGUUUAAAGAUCGUUUAAGACGAAAACAUACUCAUGCAACAUAUUUAGCUGUACAAGAUUUUGUUGGUAAAGAUGGACAAAAAAUAGAACAUAAUGGUGAAGAUUCAGAUAUUAUCAAUUGGGAUGAAAUGAUAAAGAUCUUACCAGAUAAAUUGAUUGCUUCAUUGAUGGCUGUUCUUGAAAUCAUUGGUACAAAUGAUAAAUCAACUAAAGCAAAAAUCUUAUUUUAUUUGGCACAAGUAUAUUCUAUUCUUGGUCAAAAUGUUGGCACAGAUUAUCCACUUGAAUGGAAUACAAAAAUAAAAGAAAUUUUGACUAAAUUACAUGAAUUUCCAGCAGAUAAAGCAGCAUUAAGACGAAUGGAUUCACGUACUAAUAGUAAUAUGAAUCAAGUUACAAAUCCUGCUGAAACUGAAUGGAUACCUGAAGAAUUAUUAGCUGAAUUUAAUCGACAAAAGACGGACUUAAAUCAUUCAAUGUCAUAUCUUGCUCAAUCAAUGGAAUUCGCAUUACAAUCAUUAAAUCUUUCUUUAGCUGUUCAAGAUAAAAUACUUAUACGUGAUAAUAGUCUAUUAAUUUCUGAUACAAUUGGUCAAUUUGAUCCGAUAACUAGUAUUAUCUAUUUAACAUUAAGUCAAAGUGCAAAUGCUUCAAUUUAUACCAAAAAUGUAUUGAAACAAGCAUGUUCUAUUCCAAGUGAUUCUGAACUUGCUUCAUUAUUUACAUUGAUGAAUCGAAUAAAAGCAGAUGAAACAAUAACAAAUGCAAAUAAUGGUGUUGUUUAUCGAACUGUCAUGGAAAGAUUAAAAACCUAUUGGCCAUGGAAAUAUAUGACAAUUCGAUCACAAUAUCAUGAAUUAACCAAAGAAAUGCCAUCUUUAUUCAAUUUUCUUGUAUUACAUUAUUCAUCAAAUGGUGAUGUACUCUAUGCAGCAUUAUUCAAUAGUAAAAUGUUAACUGGAAAAGGUACAACAACAGGUGCUACUAAAGGAAAUGCGAAAGGAUCAACAAGUGGCACUGCUACUCCUCAAAUAAUGAAAAUAAAUGUUGAUAAAAGAAAAUUGAGUAAUCUUAUUAAUAAAUUUGAUCAAUGGAAACAAGAAUAUUCUCAACUCUUACAACAAUAUGAUCUUAAACUUCAACGUAGUCGAGAUAAACAAGCUAUGCUUAAUUCCGAACAAGUUAAAAAAACUAUAUUAACCAAUAAUGAAAAUAUAUCAAUAAAUGAUCAACAGCCUGAUCCAGUUGAUAUUAGUUCAAUAAAUGAAUUAAGACAACGUUUUAUUGAUGAAUUACUUGUUGAAUUAAAUGAAUAUUUUUCACCUAUUAAAUCAUUACUUUCAAAUUAUCUUGAUUCGGAAAAACAAUAUGAAUCUCGAUCAAUGCUUAGUUCCGAUCAUCUUAUACUUCUAAUUGAUCCACGUCUAGCACAUUUACCACUUGAAUCACUUGAUAUAUUUCGACAUGUUCAAAUCGGUGGUAUUUCAAGAGAUUUUUCGAUUCAAUCAGUUUAUAAUCGUUUAAAUCCAACUAUUGGUAUUGAUGAAACUACAGCUCCAGUUGAUGAUGGCAAAGGCAAGAAAGGUGGUGCGAAAGAAGCUGGUGAAAUUACUAGUGAAAUACAAGUUAUUGAUUCAAGUAAUACUUAUUAUCUAAUGGAACCAGUUUUACUUAAAUCAUCAACUGAAAAUAAAACAACUACACCAUUUGAUUUACUUCGACAAAAAUUUCCUCAACUUUUUUCAAAAUGGAAAACAACAAAACAAGACGGACCAACAAUAAAUACUGUUGAACUUGAACGCAUUAUUAGUGAAGCUCAAGGUGUUGUUUAUUAUGGUGCACAUACAUUAAGUGAAUUAGUUGGACCCUAUAAAUGUCCAACUUUAUCUAAAAAUGGUUGUACAAUUUUAUGUUCAUUUGAUCGAACAUCAACAAGUUUUGCUAAUACACCUCUCUCAUUAAUUAAUAAUAAUGAUCAUGAUUCAAUUCAACUUGAUCGAUCAACUGAAACUGCACUUUUAUGGAGUUCAGGUGGUGUUAAAUCUAUACUACUCAAUCAAUGGAAAUCAACAAUAAAUGAAAAUGAAAAUAUAUUAAUCAAUACUUUUACAGACUCUGCGACACUUCAUUGUUCAUUGAGUCAAGCAUUACGUUUAAAUGUUUAUCCAUAUUUUCGUCCAGUUGAAAUUGAUCCAACAGCAGCGACAACAUCAAAAGAUGCAAAAAAUAAGGGAAAUGCUUCUACAAAUAAGAAAGAUCGUUCACCAUCACCUAAAAACAAACAACAACAACCAAUACCUUCAAAAGAUACAAAUAAAAAAUCAUCAUCAUCAGCAGCACAUCCAACAAACGUUAAUUCCGAUGUAUCAUCGGAAAUUGAACCAAAAGAAGAAAUUCAACGUCCAACCUUGCAACUUCAACAACUAAAUACUGUUAUAUUUGGAUUACCAAAUCUGACAUUUACACCUUGA